CUUCACGUCUCUUCUUAUUCCCUCCUUCACUCUCCUUCUUAUCCUCUGCUCCUUUCCUUUCACACGCUUUCAUCCGGGCCUAAAACCUUUUCACCUUCCAUUACACGUGCUCAUUUAGCCCUGAAAGUCUGCCUAUUCCUUCGAUUCUCGUGUUUCCAUCUCUAUAUCCAGUUCGGAAUCGAAUUUGGAGGCCCAUAGAAUCAGUACAAACUCACAUUCUUAGAGGCUUGCACUCAUUUUUACCUUCAGAUUAACUCAGAGAAGAAGGUAGAGAAACGCAUCGAAGACACCGACUUCUCAAACAUCAGCCUGCAAGAACAACCUUUCAUUUGGGGAUUUGUUGCCUCGCGGAGGGCCUGCCGUAAGAGUCUUGGUUGAUUCAUCAGAAGAUGGUAUUAACACAGCAGAGAAGAACCGCCUCCGACGAUAAGUUUCCCACUACUCAGCUUUUUCUCUUAGCAAUAUGUCGUAUCGCAGAGCCCAUCGCCCUCACAUCCAUCUUCCCGUACUCAUGGGUCAUGGUCAGGGACUUCAACGUGGCCGAUGACAACAAUGCGUCUUUCUAUGCCGGUAUCCUUGUCUCUACCUUCUCGCUUGCUGAGGCUCUCACAGGGAUGUUCUGGGGAAGUCUUUCAGACCGAGUCGGCCGCAAGCCUGUCCUCAUCUCCGGUUGCUUCGGCACCAUGGCAUCCCUUCUCAUGGUCGGAUUUGCGACCAACUUCUGGGUUGCCUUGUUCGGCCGAGCUUUGGGUGGUGUACUCAACGGGAAUAUUGGUGUCAUCCAGACAAUGGUCGGCGAGUUGGUCAAAAACCCUGAACACGAACCCCGAGCAUAUGCCAUCAUGCCGUUCUUCUGGUCGAUUGGAACUAUUAUUGGCCCAGCUAUUGGGGGACUUCUUGCAAAGCCCGCAGAAGGUUAUCCUACUCUGUUCGCUCCGGACGGGAUUUUUGGACGAUUCCCAUUUCUGCUGCCUAAUCUAGUCUGCUCCGCUUUGCUUCUCUGCAGCAUCAUCUUCAGCUGGCUUCUACUGAAAGAGACGCAUCCCGAUAUGCAGCCCCGCGUUAGAGCAGAGGACACUGUUAGCACAUCGGUCAUACACCCUUUACUGGCAACUUCAGGAGCAAGUACGACUGCGGGAGCUGAUCUACGAGCCGAAUCUUAUGGAACCUUCAAUCAAGUGCACCUUCAUGAGGAUCAGGAUUGGCAUGUGCUCUCGAAUGGCUCUAUGGAUAUGAGUCCGCAACGGAAGGUCGUCUUUACCUGGCGGGUGACCAUGCUUGUUGUCGCCUUGGCAAUAUUCACCUACCACUCAAUGACAUACGACCAUCUACUUCCUAUCUUUUUACAAGAUAAGAGGGCCGUUGAUGUUAACUCGGUGGCUACUUCGGCUCUUCGAUUUCCCGGUGGUGUCGGUCUUUCGACGCAAUCCGUUGGCCUGAUCAUGUCGUGUGACGGACUUAUUGCGUUAUUGAUUCAAAGCCUUGUUUUCCCAACAUUGGCUCAUUUUCUGGGAGUAUGGCGUCUAUUCGUCCUUGUCACCAUCCUGCAUCCUCUCGCUUACUUCAUUGUUCCCUUCUUGAUCUAUGUUCCCGGCACUUAUAUGCUUGCCGGUAUCUUUGUGUGUCUGGUCGUUCGCAACGUUCUUUCGAUCAUCGACUAUCCAGUCCUUCUAAUUCUUAUUAAGCAAGCUAGCCCUUCGGAUUCGGUUCUGGGCAAGAUCAACGGGCUUGCAGCAUCUGCGGGUGCUCUAUCGCGCACCAUGGCUCCACCAAUCGCUGGACUUUUGUACAGCACCGGUAUAAAGUUGGAGUGCACGGCCCUUGCGUGGUGGGGAAGUACCUUGGUCGCCAUCAUCGGAGCAGUGCAGCUGUGCUUCAUUCAGCAAAAGAAGCAUAGCUCCGUUCUAGUACAACCUGCUGCGCAUUGUCGUUAUGUACCUGAUGCAACCUCGUGGAAACAAGAAGCUGUCCAUAUCAUCGUGACGGAUGCUGAUGAAGGCAUUGACCAGGACACCUAUGGGGAUUUCGUACAUGGUAGAAGAAACACAUGAUGAGGUUUGAUUCAUAUCAAUUCAAUCUAUCAGCACCAUCUAUUUUUGCUG